AUGCUGCGCUCGCGACAAGUCUUCAAGAUGGCUGAGCAAACUGCAAAGAAGCUCAAGACGGGCUCCCCCUUGAUCGGGACACACAACGGCCAUUUCCACGCCGAUGAGGCUCUGGCCGUCUAUCUGCUGCGCCUGCUACCCUCCUACGCCUCCUCGCCGCUCGUCCGCACCCGCGACCCGGCCCAGCUGGAAACAUGCCACACCGUCGUCGACGUGGGCGGCGUGUACGACCCCGCCAUCAACCGGUAUGACCACCACCAGCGGACAUUCACGACCACAUUCCCACAGCACACCACCAAGCUGUCCUCCGCGGGCUUGGUCUACAUGCACUUCGGACGGGCGAUCAUCGCGCAGCACAUGUCCCUGCCGCAGGACCAUGCCGAUGUCGAUCUGCUGUACGAGAAAUUGUACACGGACUUCAUCGAGGCCAUUGAUGCCAACGACAAUGGCGUGUCCGUGUAUGACCCCACGGCGGUGGCGGCCGUCCGUCUCGAGAAGCGGUUCAAGGACGGCGGCGUCACCCUGGCCUCGAUCGUGAAUGACAUGAACAACCCCGACCCGACCUGCCCGCCGGGCGAGCCCCAGGAUGAGGAUAGCCUGUUCGGCCGGGCGAGCACGCUUAUCGGCAAUGUCUUCGCGCGGAAGCUGCACCAUGCGAGCACGUCGUGGCUCCCGGCCCGCACAACGGUUGGCUCCGCGUAUAGCUCGCGACGCGAAGUCCAUCCGUCCGGGCGCAUUAUCGUCUUGCCGCAGGGUGGUGUUCCCUGGAAAGAGCACCUGUACAACUUCGAACAGGAGUCAUCAGGGGAGGAAGCGGUCGAUCCGGCGGCCGAGGUGUUUUAUGUUCUGUACCCCGAGAACGCGACAGAGGGGGCCAAGUGGCGCGUGCAGUGUGUCUCGGUCUCGGAGAGCAGCUUCGUCUCACGGAAGCCCCUCCCAGAGGCGUGGCGAGGCGUGCGUGACGAGGAUCUGGACGGUGUUAUGGCUGCGGAGGCCGAGAAGGCGGGCCAGGCUAAGAUCCCGGAGGGUGCCGUAUUUGUUCACGCCAGUGGGUUCAUUGGUGGGCAUCAGACCAGAGAGGGCGCGAUGGCCAUGGCUGUCCGCAGCCUUGAGCAGUAA